AUGCAAGCGCUUGCCCCGCUGCACAGGGCAUGUCGGGAUGGGAACGUCAAGGCGGCGGAGAAGUUAAUUUCCAAACACGCCAACGUCAACCGGCGUGACGCCUACGGAAGCACGCCAUUGCAUUAUGCAUGUUGGAAUGGACACCUCAACCUGGUGAAGAUCCUUCUGGAUCAUGGCGCAGACGUGAAUCACCGCGACAAUUACGGCGGGACAGCCUUGCACGACGCGAGUUUCAAGGGCUUCGGCGACAUUGUUCGUUUCCUUCUCCAGCAUGAAGCCGACCCGGCCAUCAAAGACCGAGACGGCAAGAUGCCGCUGCAUAUUGCAGCCCGCUACAACCACAGCGAGAUUGUGAGGCGGCUGAUUGAUUUCAAAGCAGACGUCAACGGGAGGGAUCCAACGGGCGACACGCCACUGCAUGAUGCGAGCCAGUACAACUCACACAAGGCGGUGCGCGUGCUGCUGAGCUACGCAGCUGAUGUGCAUGCCAAGAAUGAUGCUGGAUGGACGGCACUCCACACUGCCAGCGUACAUGGCAGUGACAUGUCAGUGCAGCUCCUGGUUGAGCACGGUGCAAACGUAAACUGCCGCGACGCAAAUGGAUGGACACCAUUGCACUUUGCCUGCUUGGAGGGUGCCGCUGGUGUUGUCAAGGCGCUGUUGCGACACGGUGCACUCAUCAACGCCAGGGAUCACGGGGGAUGGACGCCCAUGUAUGUGGCGCAGCAGAAUGAACGGGAUGAAAUCGUGGAACUACUGCGCCAACAUGGCGCUGAGGACAUGCUGCAGUUGGACACGGCCUUUGAGAUUUGGCUGCAGGAGACAGGCUUGCUGGACCACGUGAAGGACGCCCUGCUCUCGAUUGGCGCACACAGCUUCGAGACGCUUCAAGUGAUGAUUGACAGCGGUGACCUGACGAUGGAGCUGCUCCAGUCCGACGGCGUCCGCCCAGCACACGCGCGGCUCCUCUUCUCUGCGUUUCAAGAGUGGAAGAAAGCUGAGAAGCGCAGACGAAAGCGCGCACGCGGUGGCGGCUCUUCUUGUUGUUCCUUUCUCAACUGCUGCAACCAGGGUGACGACGAUUGA